AUGUCUUCCGAUCAAGCUCGAGAUGAGUCUGAGGGAGCCGAGAGCUAUGCUCCAGCUUCUGUACAGAAGGAUAACUCUAGUAGUAGAAGGCCCAUGUCUGGGGGCCGGGAAGAGGCGAAAGCUGCCUUUUUCGAGAUAAUGGACGAGUGGUUUGAGGAAUAUAUGAGAAAUCAUCCUAAGAUACCCCGACCUUCUCCACCAGCCACUCAACCUGAGGGAGCACCACGGGUCGUGGAACCUGUGAGAUUGGGAAAGGCUCCAAUAGUCAAACUCAGGAAAUAUGGAGCCGAAGAGUUCAGAGCCACCCUAGAUGAUGACCCAGAACGUGCGAAAUUUUGGCUUGAAAAUACUAUGAGAGUGCUCGAUGAUUUGUCGUGUACUCUAGAAGAAAUUUUAAAAUGUGUGGUAUCUCUUCUGAAGGAUACUAAACGAAAAGAAUUCCUAGAACUCAAACAAGGAGAUAGAACUGUGUCUAAAUACGGAAGAGAAUUUGUGAGGCUAAGCCAGUAUGUGAAUGAACGGGUCCUAAGAGAAGUUGAAAUGUGCAAACGUUUCGAGGAGGGUUUGAAUGAAGAAAUUAAGCUGUUGAUUGGAAUUCUUGAGAUACGAGAAUUUGCUGCCUUAGCUGAUCGGGCUAAAAAGGCCGAAGGGCUUAACAAUGAAAGGAAACAAGCCAAGAGAGAGACUCAGGUAUCAAGUAAGAGGACCAGUAGCAAGGCGCAUUCUUUUCCUACAAAGAAAUCAAGGAGUCACCAAGACCGCUCCACUUCAUCAGUGGGAUACUCAGGCAGUGCAAAGAGUUCCAAGCGCCAUAACCUAAAGUCUUCUUCUCCUUCGGCCACAUGUGUGGGAAGCGUUGAUGAUCAAAGGCCGAAGUGCAUGAGUUGCAACAAAUUCCACUUUGGGAAAUGCCGAAUGAAGAGUAGGGCAUGUUAUAGAUGUGGUUCUCUGGACCACUUCCUUAGAAAUUGCCUGAAAAGAUAG